AUGCUAGCACCGUCAGCCGACUCGGACCCUGAUCUCGAUAUCCCACUCAACUUCAGCAUGGCCUCGCUAGAUCCCAUAGGCACUCCUCGCCGCAGUGGCUCAUUGGCAAGCUCGAUGAACGGCCUCAGCGCCACAAACAGCAACGGUAACGUCCAUCUCGCUGGCUUGGGUGGAGUGAGUGGCAGUCGCUUCUUCAGCAAUGGCGUCCGCAGCAAUGGUGUUGCGACGCCCCCAAUUGAGAACAAUGGCUCGGCGGCUGGGUUAUAUCAGCGCUUCGAGUGGCUCAAGGAUAAGGAGUCGACGAAGGACAAAUUGACUGAGGAAAUCUUAGCUCGAUAUGCCUUCCUUGAAGGAAAACACGAUGAACUGCUUCGUCAGCUCGAAGAAGAACGCAGCAACCGAUCAACGCAACCGAGUAACAACGAGGAGAUGUAUCGGAGCUAUAUGCACCGCAUGACGGAGAUGCUUAACCGUGAAGCCUUCAUGCUGAUCCUCAUCGACGGAGACGGCAUGGUCUUUAACAAUGUUCUCCUUCGUCUUGGCGAGAAAGGUGGUCAGGAGGCAGCCAAGCAACUCAGGAACACCGUUCAUGAAUGGGCGAAGACGACAUUGAAAGACUGUCCUUCCGACUUCAAGGUCGUCGCACGGAUUUACGCCAACGUCAACGGCCUUGCCGAAACCUGCCGACGUGCUGGCCUUGUAAGCUCACCGGAGAUCAUCACUGACUUUGUCCGCGGCUUCACAAACAGCGGCGACCUUUUCAACUUCAUCGAUGUUGGCCCAAGCAAGGACAGGGCCGAUUUCAAGAUGAACGCAGAGUUCAAGCUGCAUAUCUGGAACUACCAAUGUCGGCACAUACUCUUUGGUUGCAGUCACGAUAACGGCUUUGCACGCCUGCUUGAAGGCUAUGCUUUCGAUGAUGAGGCACGCAGUCGUGUUACUCUUCUGGAGGGCGUCAAAUUCGAGAAGGAACUAGCAAAGCUGCCAUUCAACAAGAAGAAGCUCGAUGGCCUGUUCCGAGAGAGCAAGAUCAACCUGACACCACCAGACCUACUCACUGAUCUGCCGCGCGAUCGACACGAUUCUAAGAACUCCUUCAAUCCCGCCAGCGGCGUGUUCACCCCAGCUUCGCGUACUCCAGUACCAGACACUCCCCUCUACAGUCCGAAGACCUUGCCUCCGCCUGGCAUAACGACUCCAGCUCCGUCUGUUCGCGGCGAUCUCACACGCACCAACUCGAUCGCUUCGUCAACAGCCGUGUCUGAUACUCCGGCUGUUGCAGCUCCUACUGGUGGUACUCGCGGCGGCGGUUGGGCCAACGUUGCGCGUGCGUCUGCUGGACUGCCACUACAGGAUCUGACCAAGAAGCCAUCCGAUGCCAAGAUCGCUACAGGUCCGGUCAUCCGCCAGAACAAGGACGGCUACCGCGUGGACGCUCACAUGGAAUACCACCACGACCGAGUGUAUGAGCUCAAGAAGAUGAAGUACUGCAAUCAGCAUUACAUCGGCCGCGGCUGCUGUCAUUGGAACAGUGGCAAUGGCAACUGUCCGCACAAGCACGAUACCAAGCUAUCGAAGGACGAUCUAAAGUGGCUACGUGUCGUUGCUCGAGAGACUGUCUGCAAGAAGGGGGCUUCCUGUCUGGAGUUUGAUUGCAUCUAUGGUCACCAUUGUCCUUAUCCCAAGAUGACCGAGGGCUCUUUGAGGGGCAUUGGCUGCAUCAAUGGUGAGAGUUGUCGGUUUGCGAAGGAGAUGCAUGGCAUGGACACUACUGUCGCCACUAUACUACGUCCGGAAGACCUUGAGUAG